AUGAGUUUAUUAAAAGAUGGUGAGCUAAUUGAACAAGUGGAAUCGUUUUCGUUCAUAUAUAAUAAAAAUGAUCCACUAUUUAAAGAUAAGAUUGCCAAAGAAAAUGCAUGGCAAACUAUAGCCGCAAUUUUGGAUGUGUCUCCUGAUGAAUGUGAACAGAGGUGGUCGAUUCUCAGAAAUCGAUUUACAACUGAGUUAAGACACCUUAAAAACACCCCAUCAGGCAGCCAAGCCACAAGCCAGUGGGCCUUGUUUAAGGCUUUAUCAUUUUUGACCCCGUUUAUUAGUGCCAGAAGAACCAGGGGAAAUAUCACAAAAUCAAGCCUAAAAAGCCCCGAGACAUCCCAUAGCGUAUGGGAUAAUUAUAGUCAAAUUACGGAGCCUGAGCAAGGAUCUGCCGCUUUGUCGACAGAGGAGACAGAUUUUAUGGAGGGUGAGAGCUCAACAACUCCCUCUACUUCCAAGACGCCCUCUACAGGUCGCCGCAGUGUUGAACCCACCCGGAUGUCAGAAUUGCGUGCAGACACCCGGGCCUGUAAAAGGAGGAAAGUAGAAGGCGAAUUGGAGUCCGCCCUAAAGGAGACUAUGACAGGCUUUACAAGCUAUAUAAAUCAAAAAAAUAUUUUGACUUCCCGCCCUGUUUCUCCCGAAACGGCAGACAUGUCAUUUGGGAGAGUGGUGGCAAGUUAUUUGUCAGAAAUAAAAAAUCCAAAAAAAAAGAGAUUGAUUCAGAGAAAAAUUUUGGAUGUUUUUAUAGAAGGUGAUUCAGAGGAAUCAAACUAA